AUGUGUGCAUAUACCCAGUACGCUGUUCGUGGGUCUGAAUUGCAUGUUGACACCGUCAGACAUUCGAGGGGAGCCUCGUGGACCGAAGCGUUGAACUCCUAUGCCGAACGAAGUCUUCGAACUACAUCCGACCGCCUUCUUUCGAGUACACCAUUCCUAGCUCAGCCUCAUUAUCCACUUCCUCAAAUGUUCAGCAUCCAAUUCGACGCCGCAGGCAUCUAUCUCGUCGGCACGACAGCCGAACAAUUCCACGUCCCCUUCGAAGAACUGAUAUCAUUCGCCGGGGGCAUCAUCGGCCUCCUCGAAUACGGGCUCUCAUGGAAGGUGUACUGGGCCGAGCACGGCAUCGACUAUGGCAUCGACCGAUAG